GUAGUGCUGUUUAUUUUCGUUUGUUUAUUUACAAUCGGACCAUGCAAACAAUUGUUGAUAUAUUUAAAACGGUUGGUCUGUCAAAAUCUGACGAGUCAGAUAAAGUGCGCGAACCAUGUAUGAAUCUACAAACUACUCAGAUUGUUGAACCUGACAGUAACGAGGCCAAAGAGUUGAAAUUGUUACAAGAGACCAUUUAUGAUGUGAUUCGAGAUGUUCAUGACCCUGAAAAACCUGAAAACCUUGAAGAGUUGAAUGUGGUGUCUGAAGAUUGUGUCAGCGUGUCGAGGCUGACCGAUGGUCAGACGUUGAUCAGAGUUGAAUUCACACCGACUGUGCCUCACUGCUCACUGGCUUCUCUCAUCGGUCUCAGUUUGAGAAAGAAGAUGGAGAAGUGCUUGCCAGACCCGUACAAAAUUGAUAUUUUUAUCAAAGAAGGCAGCCAUGAAACGGCUAAAGAGAUCAACAAACAGAUUAAUGACAAGGAAAGAAUAGCAGCUGCCAUGGAGAACCCCAAUCUGAGGGACCUUAUCAACAAAUGUAUCGAUGAUUCCGAUGAUACAUACUGAUGAUGAGACAUUCUUACCAAUGACUAAAACUAUUCUUAGACACUGCUGCCAUGGAAAUCCCAGAUAGAGAGACCGUAUCAACAAAUGUAUUCAUGAUUCUGUUUUAUGGAGCAAUCUUAGCACUAAGAUUACGUUAAGUGCAUAGUUACUGAUGAUACAGUUGCAGUGAUGAUGCUAACUGAUUACUAAAACUGGGAUCGUGUACAUUGUUGCCAUGGAAACCCCAAUUUCAGAGACUUACCAACAAAUGUAUUCAUAAUUUUGAGGAUGCAAUUGCAGUGAUGAUACCCACUGAUGACUAAAAGUGUCAUCGUGCACACCGCUACCAUGGAAACACUCAAAAUGUGUGAUCUUACUAACAAAUGUAUUAAUGAUUCUCAUGAUGAUGAUGAUGAGAAUUUUCAUCUUAUACAAAACUGCCAGUGAAGACUCAAAUGGAUAUUACCUCAUCGAGUGAUGCAAGGAUUAUGAUGCAUAUAACAGAUAACAAAGCAGAAUGUGUUGAUGAUUAUUGCGACACUUUAAUUACUAACAAACAGCAGCAGAGAACCAGAGCCCAUGCUUACAAACAGCCCUUUACAUUAUGAUCAUUUGGUUGCAUAUACUAUGACUCUAAACAUUUUAUACUGUGACUCUAAAUGUUUAUACUAUGACUCUAAAUGUUUAUACUAUGACUCUAAAUGUUUUAUAAGCACUAUACCAGGGACCUAAUUCACAAAGGUCCCUUAGGCUCUGCUAGACAACACAGUAUCCUCUCUUUUAAGUCUUUUAGCAUUGCACUGCGAGAUCGCAAAGUUGCAAGAGUUUAGCGAAUUAGGCCCCAUAGCCCUUGCUUACAAACAGCCCUUUAUGUUACGAUCAUUUGGUUACAUAUGCAACCAUUUCUUUUUCAUUUGGUUACAUAUGCAACCAUUUCUUUUUCAUUUGGUUACAUAUGCAACCAUUUCUUUUUCAUUUGGUUACAUAUGCAACCAUUUCUUUUUUAGCGUUACAUAUGCAACCAUUUCUUUUUCAUUUGGUUACAUAUGCAACCAUUUCUUUUUCAUUUGGUUACAUAUGCAACCAUUUCUUUUUCAUUUGGUUACAUAUGCAACCAUUUCUUUUUCAUUUGGUUACAUAUGCAACCAUUUCUUUUUCAUUUGGUUACAUAUGCAACCAUUUCUUUUUCAUUUGGUUACAUAUGCAACCAUUUCUUUUUCAUUUGGCGACUAAAACUUUUUAUACUUUGUAUAUAAAAAAUAGAAAUGCGUGUCAUCUGGCUCUUAGACGGUAAUGUUAACAUAAUGAGCUGCUUAUAAAACCUUUAUAGCCUAGACUCGUAGACUCUAAUAGAGUCUAUGACUUUAACAUCAUGGCAACACCAUACAAAUUAAAUGCUGUAACAUUGGACAUUUGGGUCUAGACUCUAAAGCAAUUUUUAUAAGCAUGGUCCCAGUUUGGUCCCAGUCUGAUGCAGGCAGGAAUCUGAUGACAUAUUACAGUAUUGAUUAAACAAGGCUCAGUAUUGACAGGGGUGAGCUGCAAAUACCCCUCAAAAUGCACAAUAUGCUUUGAAGUGUUUUCUGAUAAUCAGCCAUUUUUUAGAGUAUUCCAGAUAUGUCAGGAAUGAUUUUAUCCAUGUUUGUCUUCCACACUACGGUAAAAAAGAAAAGAAAAAAAGGUUACACUACAAACCUAAUUUUGAGACUGAUUUCUAGAACUGCUUCUAACCUGUAGGCAUUUGCUUCAAUCUUAAAAGGGGCGGUACGUAUAUAGCCCAGUAUAUAGUCAAAUGUUCGCUUGAUGCACUGUCAGUCUGGGAUCGAUUCCCGUCGGUGGGCCCAUUGGACUAUUUCUCACUCCAGUCAGUGCACCACGACUGGUAUAUCAAAGGCUGUGGUAUGUGUUAUCCUGU